AUGAAUCCCGAUUUCCAACACAUCGGUGGUUGGGUCAACGGCAACACCAAGCGUGACUCCAAGCGCGAAAUUACAUCCCCCGCCGACCCCAGGGCUCCAGAAAUGCCCCAGCAGUCGCCGUCGUCGAAAAACAGAUCCCACAUGAUGGAUCGCUUUAUAGAAGAGGGUCCAAAAGAGACGCCAUGGUCGUCGGCCAAGAUGGGCAGCAAACCGUGA